ACAGGUUGCAAAAGAACGACCGAAACUGCACCUGCGCCGUUUUACAGAACUACUACAUCAAACUGCAUUGUAUGACAUUUUAAAUACAACCCCAUUAUAAGUAUAAUUUUUGGGUUCUGCAGGUUUUCGACAAAGAUUACAAGAGAUACAAUUAAGACAGUACUAUACAGUAACCGAUGCACACCUAAUAAAAGAAGGUUGAAAAUGCUCAAGUGUUUAAACAUUUAACAACAAAUUGUUAUGAACAAACUAACUUUUAUAUUUAAAGAUUAUAGCUUAAAAACAAACUAACUUAAAUAUGCGAUAUUUUAUAAAUUUAAAAACUUAAAGUAGGACACAUUUUCAAUGAACACCCAAAAAAUGUAGAAAUAUUUUGAAAUUGUAAAUGCAAUUAAAUAAAUAAUGUAAAUUAUAAUUAAAAUUAUAAACAUAGCUAAAUAUACGUCACCUAAUCUAAAACGUUAAUGGAUGUUGUGCUGUGCGAAAUCAAAAAUAAAUAUUCACCACGAUUUUAAUGAAAGAUGAUUCCGAGUUUCUAAACAAACAUUUUAUUCCACACACCAAUUGAACACAGCUAAAUUUGACGUUUACAAUUUCAGUUUUUUGCUUCCCAAAUCAAAUCACACAAAUCUAGGAAGCAAGAAGCUUCUCGGGCCUUCCUUUUUUUCACUUUUUGUUAUCAAGAUAUCUUUUAAGAGUUAUGUGUUUUUUUAAAUUUAAUUUAACAUAAAUAAACUUAAUAGCUUCGAGUAUAACAAUCGUACAAUGGCAUUCCAUUGGUGUGAUAAUGUCCACACAACAUCCUUUACCCCUCGCGAUUACCAAGUGGAACUGCUUGCGUCGGCGUCCGAACAAAACACCAUGUUAUGUCUUGGACACAAGUCUUCCAAAGAAUUUAUAGCCUUGAAACUGCUCCAAGAAAAAGCCCGCGAGCUUCGACAAAAUAACUCAAAAGUAAGCCUCUAUCUAAGUCGUUUAUCAGGAGAAUCUGCCUAUAACUUGAUUUAUCACUUGACUGAUCUAAAAGUCUAUAAUGAGUCAAAACAAAAUGAAAAUGAAAAGCCACUCGUGAAAUUCGGGGAAGCCCAAGUUUUAAUUCUUAAACCGAAGACUUGUUUGCUCGGGUUAAAAAAUGGUGACAUUAAUAUGGAUAAUGUGAAUCUCAUCGUAUUGGAGGACUGUCAUGAAAUCAAGGAACAAAGUGAUAUGUUUUUAAUUUUUAGGGAUUUUUAUAGUAAACUUGAAUUGAAGCCGAAGGUGCUUGCAUUGGCUGGCCCUCUGCACAGUGCUGGUUGUGCUCCGGAAGAUUUGAAUGCAAUGCUUGAGAUUCUCGAAAAGAAAGUCCACUGCAAGGCGGAAACAGCAAGUGACAUCGUUACAGUUUUGAGGUAUUGCACAAAACCUACUGAGUUUAUUGUUCAAUGUGAUCCACCCAAAAAGAGUAAGCUGACGAUGAUUUUAGAAGAUGUAGUUUGCACACGAAAAGCGUUCUUAAAGGACCACAGAUACGAUCCGUCGGAGAUAUACAGUGACGAAUUCCUGGAAGAGUUGAAAGGUAUUCCUGACCCGAAGAUAGAACCUACUCAAUUCUUAGAUAUUUACUUAGAAGCCUUACAUGAAAUGGGACCCUGGUGUGCCGAUCGAGUGGCUAUAAGUCUAAUUCAACAAAUAGAAAAACAAAAAAUUAAAACUCCAUACGAAAGACAUUACCUGUUGCUUUGUAUGGUCAUAACAGCUCUCCUCGAAAUUCAUACUCUAUGCGAGCAGGCAUUCCACGAGAUUCCAACUGAAAGAGAAAGAGUUGAAAAAUACUCCAGUCCCAAAGUUCUCCGACUUCUAGAGGUCCUCCGGCUUUUCAAACCAGAAGAGCAAAUUAGUGAAAACGAACAAUUAGGCAACAUAACCAAAGAAAUUGACAAACUUAACUUCCACAAACUCAAACUAAAUCUGGAAAACACAUUUCACACCGUUGAGAAUUUGAGUAAAUCCAUUUCCAAAGAUAUAAUUGAGAACCUUGACCCGCUUUUGAAGACGAAUUAUACAAGCUAUCAUGCUAACCAUACUAACCACAAUGAGAAUAGCCACAUGAAUGGCCCUAAUAGCCUUGUGAACUCCUUGAAAAACCGCCGAAACCAAAAUAGUCGUCAUAAAAAGAGACCCUUCGCUCGGAGGCACAAUCGAGAUGCAUUCGGCGAUCCAGAUGCGUUGUGUGGAAUUAUUUUCUGUAAUAAUAAAUACACUGCUAAGGUUCUCUUCGACUUGCUCGCCGAAAUGAGUCGCCAUGACGGUCAACUUAAGUUCUUAAAAUGUCAAUUUACAACAGACCGGGUAGCCGAUCCUAUAGCAGAACCUAAAGAGGCCGAGCUAGAACACCGAAGGCAAGAAGAUGUUUUAAAACGCUUCAGAAUACACGAUUGUAAUCUGUUAAUUGGCACUUCAGUUCUCGAAGAAGGAAUAGAUUUGCCAAAGUGUAACCUGGUUGUUCGAUGGAACCCCCCCAGUACAUAUCGUAGCUACGUACAAUGCAAAGGCAGAGCAAGGGCAGCACAAGCUUAUCACAUCAUAUUAGUGGGCCCCAAUUUCUCUCAAGAAAGAUUUAUUUGCAAUUCAGAAUUACUCAGUGAUACAUCUCACCGUAUUAUUUGCACCGCAUCGGCCAAGAGCGCCGAAGACUAUGUUAAAAAAGAAGCACUCCUUCAAAGCGAUAUUGUAGAAGAUAUAUCUCAACCGAAACCAAUUAUAAUUGAACAUUCCUCAGGAGCGUCUGUAAAAAUUCUCAACCCCGAAGUAAUAGCUCGAUCGCUUGCCGUUGGAGUUGUCAAAUUGCCAAAGAGCAUCGAAAAAAGUAAACGCAUUUCAGAUAUUUCCUACCAGUCCUCUAAUGAAAACCAAACUGGCUCAACAGAAUGUCUGAACACAUCAUCAGAAUCGAAAACUUCGACGGAGGAUAAAUCUGAGAGGAAGAGGCUAAAAAAGAAAGAUUUUGAGAACUUGUUCGAAGUUGUUCCCAUUUCUGAGUUAAUUAAUUCUAGCGUUAGUUCGAAUAAUAAAUUGAAGUCUAUUACUAACGGCGACAUUGAAUUAGAAGAAAGUGCAGACUUAUCUUCUAAGCACAUAGAAGCAGAGGAAUAUAAGUGUGCUGUGGAAGAUACUGAGGAACAAAUAAACGACAAUAGCGAUUGCGAGAGUGGUAUUCAGGAUAUGGAAAAUGCUACAAACGAAAUGGUUGACCGUUUAGCGCAGUAUCGUGAAAUCGAAAAGAUGCUCCUUCAAAAAUGUGCCAACACUGAGCCCGGUGAGACCGAACACCAAGAAGCCGAUAAAUUUACAAAUUGCAUUGAACCCUACAAGCCUCUACCGGAGCUGUUAACAGGUGCUGCUGUCGACCUUUCUUCAGCAAUUGCUCUCAUUAAUAAAUACUGUGCCAAAUUGCCAAGUGAUACAUUCACCAAACUAACUCCACUAUCGAGGUGUGCAAAAACGAAGCGUUGUGGGAAAGAUGUGUUUCAAUACACACUCCGCCUGCCAAUAAACUCUCCCUUGAAAUAUGAUAUAGUGGGUUUACCAAUGCCCACAAAAAUUCUUGCACGACGUAUGGUAGCGCUUCAGGCAUGUAGAGAGUUGCAUUUGUGUGGAGAACUCGACAACACCUUGCAGCCCAUUGGAAAAGAAGGAUUCAAAGCAUUCGAGUCCGAUUGGGAAGAAUUUGAACUGGAAAAAAUAGAUGAACAAAUUGUAACGGAUAACGCAGAACCCCGACCGGGAACAACCAAACGUCGCCAGUAUUACUACAAGCGUAUUGCAUCAGAGUUUUCCAAUUGUCGUCCCACGGCAGGAGCUGUAUCAUAUUUGUACUACAUCAACUUGACUCUGCAGUGUCCCAUUCCUGAGGAACAAAAUACACGAGGCCGAAAAAUCUAUCCACCCGAGGAGGCUUUGCAGGGCUUUGGUAUACUUACUUUAAAAAAAAUUCCUAAAGUCAGCUCAUUUCCUAUAUUCACACGUUCCGGAGAGGUAAAAGUUUCAAUAGACCUCUCAAAAAAACGAAUUGUUUUGACUGAUGAUCAAGUGGAUCGGAUAAAUACGUUUGUCAAUUACACUUUUAGUAAUGUUUUAAGGUUGCAAAAGUUCCUUAUGCUCUUCGAUGUUGAUUCAACGGAAAAUUGUGUAUUCAUUGUCCCGACAAUUAGAAAUAAAAACAGUGAAAUUGUUAUUGACUGGGACUUUCUAGAAACAAUAGCAAGGGAUUGCAAUAUGAUGCCACAAAUUGUUCCCGAUGAAGUGAGAAAGAAUAGAGAAUUCGAUGCUAAUAAGUUCAAAGAUGCAGUUGUUAUGCCUUGGUACAGAAACCAAGAUCAGCCCCAGUACUUCUAUGUUGCGGAAAUUUGUCCUCAUUUAACACCGUUGAGUUGUUUUCCCGGUGAAAACUACAACACAUUCAAGCACUAUUACUUUGUUAAGUAUGGAAUCACAAUUCAAAACGCUCAUCAACCUCUACUCGACGUAGACCACACGAGUGCCAGGCUUAAUUUCCUUACUCCUCGAUAUGUAAAUAGGAAAGGAGUAGCUUUGCCCACAAGUUCGGAAGAAACAAAGCGUGCAAAAAGAGAAAAUCUUGAACAAAAACAAAUAUUGGUGCCGGAGCUGUGCACAAUUCACCCAUUUCCUGCCUCGCUGUGGAGAACAGCAGUUUGUUUGCCAUGCAUUCUAUAUCGAGUUAAUGGACUUUUGCUAGCCGAUGAAAUUCGCAAGAAAGUAUCCCAUGACAUUGCAUUAGGAUGUAUGGAAAUCGAAGAUGAGAAUUUCGAGUGGCCUAUUCUCGAUUUUGGCUGGAGCUUAGCUGAAGUGUUGAAAAAGAACAAAGAGUCAAAGACUGAAAUCGUAGAUGAAACCAAAUGUGAAACGAAACCCCCACCUCAGGUUGCCCCUGAAAUCAAAGAAAAAGUAGCAGAUGUCGUGAAGGAAGAGAAGAAAGUUGUGUUAGAGGAGCCCGAAGUUGUAAAGGUUGAGAAAUCAGCAAACGAAAUAGUCCUAGAGGGAGAAGAAAAACUUAAGGCUGAUACAUUCAUCGAAAUCGGAACAUGGUCCAACGACAUGGCAAACAGUAUGAGCGAAGAAGAUACUGACAUGGAGGAUGAAGAAUUCUGUUCGGAAUUCCUUCCUCCAAAUGUAAGCUUUUGCAAAACUGAAUACGACAUAAUUAAAACAGAUAAACCAACUCGUUACGGUUCACCAACAUUCUGGGAUGUUGAAGAUUCAGUUAAAAGUAAACUCAACCGAAAAAAGAACUCAAGCUUCAUUUACAGCUCAGAUGAAUCACUAACUUCCAACUAUGAUUUCGAUGAUGAAAUUCUAUCCAGCAGUGGAGAUGAGAACGAUGGUCCUCUACGAAUCGAAUUUACAUCGGACAAUGUGGCCGAAGCAAUAGAGACCGAAGAUGAAAUACUUAAACGCCAAAAACAAAUGUCAAUAAUCCAAGAUACCAUAGCAAACGAACGUGACUAUCAAGUGACCAAGAACUUGCAAGUAGGAUAUAAUUUCGAUGGUGUGGAUACGAACAUAGAAACCGAACUAAAAUCAUCCGAAGAAGCUUUCUUGCUGUCGACUGAAAGGUUAAAGAAAGAAAUUCACUCAUCGGGAAUGCUAGUUCGAUCUAGUCAUCUGCUUAAUUUGCCCAAGAAACAAACCAUAACAGAAGAAAGAUAUUCCAAGAACUUUGCAAGCAUAAAACAAUUGUUUCCAUAUCUGGAUGAGAAUAUAAUAAUGUGCUACAUAGCCCUUAAGAAAAGAGACUUACAGGACUUGCAGCUAUCCAUAACAGAUGUUGAAAAACUAAACAGACUUUACUUGGAAGGAAAUUCAAUAGAAAAGUACUAUGUAGAUGGAAAUGGUGAUAUGUUUGAUAGCUUCAACGACCAUUAUUCGUUAACAUCCGGAGGCGAAAAAGAAGUUCUUGUGAACUUCGAUCGAGAUAUAAAUAAAAAUAAAAAACAAUCUAAACCAAUUCAAGCCAAGCCUAUCGAUCUUAAGGAAAUAGAUUUUAGCUUUGAUAAUCAGCCAGAGCUGAUUGGCCAUCCUGGCCCAAGUCCAAGUAUUAUUCUGCAAGGACUCACGAUGUCAAACGCUAACGAUGGCAUUAACCUCGAAAGAUUGGAAACAAUUGGUGAUUCGUUUCUCAAAUAUGCCAUAACAACAUACUUGUACAUAACUUAUGAGAAUGUACAUGAAGGCAAAUUAAGCCAUUUGCGAUCGAAACAAGUUGCCAAUUUAAAUCUUUACCGACUGGGAAGAAAGAAAAUGCUUGGGGAGUGUAUGAUCGCGACAAAAUUCGAACCCCAUGAUAAUUGGUUACCGCCCUGCUAUUAUGUGCCGAGAGAACUAGAAAAAACUCUAAUCAAAGCAAGGAUUCCUCCCCAUCAUUGGAAGCUAGCUGACUUGCCUAAUAUAAAGCAAUUAAGUAGUGAAGAGCUCUGUGAACUGGUCCGGAAGAAAGCUGAACAAUUGGGACAGUUAAAUGUAAGUUUUAAGGUUCAUAACGCUAAAUUACAUCACAUUAUCAACACAAAAAUUAAAUUUUUAAAGGGUGAUGUCAACAGUGAUUUUCCAAGAUGUGAUAGGAAUGAAUGUAUGACACCUGAUAGUGCCGAUGGUAGUGACUUUGAUUUUCAAUCUCUCAUUCCUUACAACUUAGUAACUCAGCACAGCAUUCCAGAUAAAUCUGUGGCGGAUUGCGUUGAAGCCUUAAUUGGGGCGUAUUUAAUUGAGUGUGGUCCGAGGGGUGCUCUACUUUUCAUGGCAUGGCUUGGAAUUCGAGUUCUCCCUGCCAUAAAACAAAAAUAUGACCCUAAUGUUCCUCGAAUUCCUGGAAGUACUCGACCUUCGGAUGAGAACGAUGAAAUCAUAGUUUACGGUUCUUGGUCAGCCCCAAAGUCCCCUCUAUUAGAAUUUGCACCCAAUCCUCGAGAGCAACUAGAGUCAUUGCUUGAUGGUUACUCAGAGUUUGAGGCAGCAAUUGGUUACAGCUUCAAUGAUCGUUCGUAUCUUCUUCAAGCCAUGACACACGCUAGCUACUCGCCGAAUCGUUUAACCGACUGUUAUCAGAGGCUUGAGUUUCUGGGGGAUGCUGUUUUAGAUUAUCUCAUAACUCGACAUCUUUACGAGGAUCCGCGACAACAUUCUCCUGGAGCGUUGACUGAUUUACGUUCAGCCUUGGUCAAUAAUACAAUAUUUGCUUCGCUCGCCGUUCGACAUGGCUUCCAUAAAUAUUUUAGACAUUUGUCACCAGGAUUAAAUGAAGUUAUCGAUAGAUUUGUUCGAAUACAACACGAAAAUGGACACAGUAUAAGUGAGGAGUAUUAUUUGUUAUCCGAAGAAGAAUGUGAUGAUGCUGAAGAUGUGGAAGUGCCUAAGGCAUUGGGAGAUGUGUUCGAAUCCAUUGCAGGUGCCAUUUUUCUUGACUCAAAUAUGUCGUUGGACGUUGUUUGGAAAAUAUAUAGUAAUAUGAUGAAACCUGAAAUCGAGCAGUUUAGUAAUUCAGUGCCAAAAUCUCCAAUAAGAGAGUUACUCGAAUUAGAACCGGAAACUGCGAAAUUCGGAAAACCAGAAAAACUUGCCGAUGGACGACGUGUGAGGGUCACGGUGGAAGUAUUUUGCAAGGGAACAUUCCGUGGCAUUGGUCGAAAUUAUCGAAUAGCCAAAUGUACUGCUGCUAAAUGUGCAUUGCGUCAACUGAAAAAACAAGGACACAUAUCAAAGAAACAUUAACAAGAAAAAGAGGAAAGCCAAUUAUUGUAUAGAGUAGUUAUUUAUGUAAGCAGUUGCAUUUCAAUUUAAAAAUUGAGGAUUAGAAGUGAGUUUUCUCGAAUUCUAUUUUUUUAUUUGUUGAUCUCAUAAGUAUGACAACAAAACCACCUCGAGCUUAUAAGCCUACAGUUCAUGUUAAAGUAAAAACUUAAAAUUUAUACAGAUAAGAGCAAUAACAAUACACUUUAAAAAGUAGGUAAACACUUAAUCAUUUUUAAAAUGAAACAUUAAGUUAAAAGUUUAGUGGCGGAUUCGUGUAUUAAAAAUGUAUAAACCAAAAGUUAUUGUGCCACAAAAGAAAACCAAGACGCAUAAUAUGUGAAAACUAAUGUAUUAGGAAAAACUAUCUUCAAGAAAUAGAAAAUGAUUAUGUAAAACUUCUUUUUGAAAUUUAUUUUUCUUUCAGGUACGAAAAUUCGCUUACAAUAACCUAAAUAAUCAAUAUUUGUAUCUUCUUUAUCUUUUUAUAUAUAUACAAUCGUAUUUAUGUAGUAAAACAAUUAGAAAGAGACAUACUUAUACAAUUUACUAGAAAAUUUAAUUUCUCACUUAGUCUUAUUAAUUUUUCUCCAAUACUAAUCGUUUAAAAAAUGUUCAAAAUGUUGUAUUUUAUGUUAGUAUUCCAAAAAAAAGAUAACAUUUAUUAUUAUUGCAAACAUUUAUUUUCUUCAUAGUUUUCUAGCAAAAUUUAGUGUUUAUAAAGCCAAUGUUUUAACGAAUAAGUGCAAUUGUUAACAAGAAAAAACUAAAAAGCAAUACCAAAAACAUGCAAUGAUUUGGGAAAGUAAAAAACUAAAACAAAACGAACAAAAGCUCUUUCUUGGUGUUUUAAAUCAUUAAAGCUACAUUAAUAAUAAUAAAUUAUGUAUAGGUAUUGAAAUUUGUAGAUUUUUACCAGUUUGAAAUACUAUUACAAUAAAGUUUUUGAUAGAAGUAAAUUUAGAAAAAAAAUAAUUGUAUCGAUGAUAAUAAAUUUUAUAAGUAAAAUUAUUGUUUCCUAAAAAUCUAAAAUAAACAAAAUAAAAAUAAAACAAUAAACAAGUAAUUAAAUUUA